AUGCCCCAUGACAGCGAGGCGCUAGCGGUGACUUCAUCAAUCUCGAGGAUUUGCCGGCUCAGUCUUUUGGAGGUGUUCAUAGGGGUAGGGUUGCGUGCAUGUGUUCGUAAAGACGAGUGUGCGUGCGUGUAUGUGAGCGUCUGCGUCUGUACUAGCCCUAGAAGUUCGAGGGAGAAGAAGAGCGAGGGCUUCGGCGGCGGCUACCGGUGGGUAAUCGAGGCGGCGAGAAGAGGAGGAUUCGGCGGCGGCGGCGGCGGUGGCGGAGUGGUUAGCAUGGCUCUGCGGUCGCUGUGCUCUCUGAGGAACCUGGCGUACCAUGUGGAUGCCCAGCCCUUUCUGGCGGCGGCGGUCAUUUCACGUAUUCCGGGAUCCCGUGGCCUUCACAACCUGGCGGCAACCCAGACGGCGCAGAGCAUUCGUGCCCGGGCUGGUUACUUCUUGCCGGGGAUCGUUGUCCAGGCGUCGAUGGGGUUGGGGAGUGGAGCACGGCGUUUCCACAGCUUGAGGGAUCUUGUGAUCGAACAUGCUCAUGGCUCUCCUGCUGCUCUAAUUGCUGCCGCUUUCUCUGUAUUUGCCGGAAUUUCGAAUAUGAUUGAUACAGAUGAGUCAGACAAAGCCAGGAUGGAUGAGGACACAGAAGCUGAAGCCAGGACGGAGGAGGACCCCUCCAUGAGAACAGACGCGUACCUCCGUUACAUGCAGGCUUCAAAAGACAUGUUACGCGAGAUGGCAUCUUACAACAAAGCAUUGCCCGGUAAGAAUCCCAUCGAUGAGGUGGCUUUGGAUCAGGAGGGCAUGAAGAAUGAUGAAGCCAUGAGAGCAAGGUUUGAGGACUGGAUGAAGCAGUAUGGCCGGACAUACCAAGACGAGGAGGAGAAGGCGAGGCGGUUUAAAAUAUUUAAGGCUGUGGCAAGGUUCGUUGAUGUCACUAAUGCUGUGGCUGACGAAUUAGAGUUUCAUUUCUGUAUGGGUCUUAAUGAAUUUUCGGACUGGAAUCACGAAGAAUUUGCUGGCCGGUGUGGCACUAAACAUAUGAGCGACGAUGAGUAUUUCAGCAUGAUUGGCGUCAAUGAGGCUGAUAAGAAGGCCAUAAAGCAGAAGCUGCAGAAGCAGGAAUCCAAAGAUUGAGAAGGCGCCGCUGGUGAUCAUACACAAGCUGGUGCUUACCUGAAGCUCUGGGCGCCCUUGCUCAAGAUGGACCGGAGGAGAAGCCGAAGAUGGAGAUCAUCCUGAAACUCUCUGCGGGGCUAAAUGCUGACUAUAAUCUUGUUUUAAUAAUUAUUGUUGGGAAUUCUCAUCAGCUGUUGCCUACCUAACGUCCUCACCUUAGCAAUGUGAUGAGCCCGUUUUGUUUUUAUUAUUGUAUAGCUUAGAUGUAUGGAGUCGUAGUGCUUCUGUCGGCACGCAUGUUUGAGUCAGGGCUCUGCUUGUGAAACGGUUUCCCUAGUCGUUUUGUAAGGUGACGCAUGUUACGCUUUCUAAUAAAGUCGGCGAAAGAUAAU